CAUAACAAAAUGGCAGCUAAAGGUCCUGGAAAAGACUAUCAACCAGUGAAGAGGAAGUACCACUCCACUGUACGGGUAGGAGACUACCUGUAUAUGUGGGGUGGGACCCAGCCUGAUCUCCCUAAAGUACAUAAUAAUGAAAAGAAGAAAUCAAUGUGUUCUGUGAUGGAGGUGUACCACUUGGUGACUGGUAGGUGGGAGCAGAAACCCACCACUGGUAAUCCUCCACUGGGUUUUAAGAGCUAUGCAGCUGCUGCCAUUGGAAAUGAAAUAUUUUAUUUUGGAGGAGAAUGUGGUCAUGAUGACUGUUAUCAUAAUAGUUUAUACAGGUAAACA